AUCAAUGGGUGCAACACCUCUCCAUGUGUCCAUGGAACCUGUACCGAUGCCAUUGGAGGUUACACUUGCACGUGUCAGAACGGCUGGGAAGGGACUAACUGUGAUCGAAACAUCGACGAGUGUGCGUCCGACCCGUGCCAAAAUGGCGGAAGCUGCCAGGACGGCGUCAACUCCUACACUUGCAGUUGCCUUACCGGUUUCAAUGGAGAUCAGUGUGAAUCGGGUCAAGGUCAAGGCCAAGCUGUUUACCUGACGACCCACGACGGCUGGUCAUUUUUUAAGAUCCCUGUCUCCGGGCCGAUGACCAAUGCCAACGUCAAGGUCACGUGUGAAGCGGCGGGGAUGAGCUACCCGUGCCACUACUCAGGUGGGGAUGGAUGUGCUCCCCAUUCUUGGACCUCAGACUGCAUCGUGUACGACGACGCCGGUGCCGGCUGUGUUACCCACUGGGUCCUGUCGGCAAACCUGUGUGGAGAUACUGACGCAAAGCAGUGUCAGCCCCUUGAUGAGACCUUUGUGUACAUCCCUAACUGGCGAAGUGAUGACAGCGCCUGCGGAGUGGUCCAGGACACGCUUUGGUGCGCGUACGGAGCAGACUACCGCAACAUGUACGCCGUCUGUGCAGCCCCUACAUGUGCGAAGUGUGUCCAUGGGACCUGUACCGAUGCUAACGGGGGCUACACUUGUACGUGUGAGAACGGCUGGGAAGGGACCAACUGUGAUCAAGACAUCAAUGAGUGCAACAACUCUCCAUGCGUCCAUGGAUCCUGCAUCGAUGCCAUCGGGGGUUACACUUGCACGUGUCAGAACGGCUGGGAAGGGACCAACUGUGAUCUAAGUAAGUAG